AAUUGUUGGACAAUAACCAGCUUUAUAGGCCUACUGAUCCGUGAGACAAACGUUGGUGCAGCUCCCUGGUUGUAGCUACCGCUUUUGCAGAAAUGACGCUUAACCCAAACAGAGAUGUUGUUUUAUGUCUGUGUCUUGCAUUUGUUUACAUCAGUCAAACAUGCGGUACAAGCCUCGGAGUAGUGCGCAAACACGACACACGUCGUGACAAAAAGUCCGAUGAUGUUCGCGCUGGCACAAUUACUUUCGGCGGAAGAGCUAUUUCACUGUUUCGAACUCCGGAAUAUGUGCGACGGUAUGUUGGAGAAAACCCUGCACAUGAUGGCUCCGAUAACAUUCAAGCCGACGAUCCACGUCCGGGCCUGGUGGGCAGCACUGAUAACUUCAGGUUUUCUAAAGAAGCCUGGGAUAGUAUGCGACCAACUGUGGCAUGUACGGACGACCUCAUGAAGUUCUCGGCACAAGGCCCUGGGUGCUCUUCACUCCAGUUAGAUAGAGGUGGCCAACCUCUCUUGCUAAACCAGCUGCCAGAUGACUGUGGCUACUCUGUGACCAGGACUUUGGUGGGCAUUGUGUUUGAUGCCCCUUUUGAGGGUUGUGAUGUUAUAAAACAGGGCAAUAGCCACUUGCUGCAGAUGUUGUGGCGCGGCAAUCCAGUAACCCUCUCUUGCCCUAUAUCAAACUCAGACCAAGUUUCUGCAUCGCCUGGGGAAACUACCCCUCAAUCCACAUUAUCCACCACUGCAGAAGCACCUUCUACAGCUGCCAAGCUUCCUCCACAGAAUCAGCAGCAGCAACCGUGGAUACAGCAGCAGUGGAUGCACCCCCUCUUUUACUAUGGAGGCUACAGCCCUUUAAUGCCUGUGAAGACUCCCCCUGAAACUACUGCCACUCCAACUACAGAAGCACCUCCUACAACGGCAGCUAAGCUUCCUCCACAGAAUCAGCAGCAGUGGAUGCAUCCCCUCUUUCACUAUGGAGGCUACAACCCUUUAAUGCCUGUGAAGACUCCCCCUGAAACUACUGCCACUCCAACUACAGAAGCACCUUCUACAACAUCAGCUAAGCUUCCUCCACAGAAUCAGCAGCAGCAACAGUGGAUGCCUCCCUUCAUUCAUUAUGGGGGCUACAAUCCUUUAAUGCCUGUGAAGACUCCACCUGAAACUACUGCCACUCCAUCUACAGAAGCACCUCCUACAACGGCAGCUAAGCUUCCUCCACAGAAUCAGCAGCAGCAGUGGAUGCCUCCCUUCAUUCAUUAUGGGGGCUACAACCCUUUAAUGCCUGUGAAGACUCCACCUGAAACUACUGCCACUCCAACUACAGAAGCACCUCCUACAACGGCAGCUAAGCUUCCUCCACAGAAUCAGCAGCAGCAACAGUGGAUGCCUCCCUUCAUUCAUUAUGGGGGCUACAACCCUUUAAUGCCUGUGAAGACUCCACCUGAAACUACUGCCACUCCAACUACAGAAGCACCUACAACGGCAGCUAAGCUUCCUCCACAGAAUCAGCAGCAGCAACAGUGGAUGCCUCCCUUCAUUCAUUAUGGGGGCUACAACCCUUUAAUGCCUGUGAAGACUCCACCUGAAACUACUGCCACUCCAACUACAAAAGCACCUACAACGGCAGCUAAGCUUCCUCCACAGAAUCAGCAGCAGCAACAGUGGAUGCCUCCCUUCAUUCAUUAUGGGGGCUACAACCCUUUAAUGCCUGUGAAGACUCCCCCUGAAACUACUGCCACUCCAACUACAGAAGCACCUCCUACAACGGCAGCUAAGCUUCCUCCACAGAAUCAGCAGCAGCAACAGUGGAUGCCUCCCUUCAUUCAUUAUGGGGGCUACAACCCUUUAAUGCCUGUGAAGACUCCACCUGAAACUACUGCCACUCCAACUACAGAAGCACCUCCUACAACGGCAGCUAAGCUUCCUCCACAGAAUCAGCAGCAGCAACAGUGGAUGCCUCCCUUCAUUCAUUAUGGGGGCUACAACCCUUUAAUGCCUGUGAAGACUCCACCUGAAACUACUGCCACUCCAACUACAGAAGCACCUACAACAGCAGCUAAGCUUCCUCCACAGAAUCAGCAGCAGCAACAGUGGAUGCAGCCCUUCAUUCAGUAUGGGGGCUACAACCCUUUAAUGCCUGUGAAGACUCCCCCUGAAACUACUGCCACUCCAACUACAGAAGCACCUCCUACAACGGCAGCUAAGCUUCCGCCACAGAAUCAGCAGCAGCAACAGUGGAUGCCUCCCUUCAUUCAUUAUGGGGGCUACAACCCUUUAAUGCCUGUGAAGACUCCACCUGAAACUACUGCCACUCCAACUACAGAAGCACCUACAACAGCAGCUAAGCUUCCUCCACAGAAUCAGCAGCAGCAACAGUGGAUGCAGCCCUUCAUUCAGUAUGGGGGCUACAACCCUUUAAUGCCUGUGAAGACUCCACCUGAAACUACUGCCACUCCAACUACAGAAGCACCUACAACAGCAGCUAAGCUUCCUCCACAGAAUCAGCAGCAGCAACAGUGGAUGCCUCCCUUCAUUCAGUAUGGGGGCUACAACCCUUUAAUGCCUGUGAAGACUCCCCCUGAAACUACUGCCACUCCAACUACAGAAGCACCUCCUACAACGGCAGCUAAGCUUCCGCCACAAAAUCAGCAGCAGCAGAGUCCAGUGAAUGAGAUGGCCUACUCCAAGUAUCCCUUUAAACCUUUCCUCGUCGAAUAUGUCAAUCCCGACCUUCCUAAGCCCAAGAGCAAAUCCUGGAGUCAGGUGCUGUCUCAGAAUUACCCUUUCAUGAACCUUGACCAUACCACCACCCCCAAUAAGCAUGCACCUCAUGAAGUGAAUGAGGACAUUAAUCCAAAAUGACCUACUGGUGAGCAGUGUCAACACCUUGAUGAGGAUGCUUUUUUGGUUUCAAUAUAUUGCUCAUAAUGAAUUAUAAAUAAAAUAUAUUUGGAAUUUAAA